AUGUUUUCAGCUCAUCUGGCUGAAUGCGCCCUAGAGAAGCCGAAGAGAUCCACUUUGAACCAGCUGACCAGGACCCUCCUGCGGAACUAUGACUGCGGCGUUCGGCCUGUUCACAGAUGGACCAGUCCAACCACCGUCUAUGUCGACCUCAUAAUGCAAUCCGUCCUCGAAGUGGAUGGAAAGACUCAGAGCAUUACGACAAGUAUUUGGUACAGACAGAUCUGGAGAGAUGAAUUCCUUGUUUGGGAUCCAGAAGAGUUUGAUGGCAUCAAUGAGAUCUCCAUGUCAUCUGAUGCCAUCUGGAUUCCUGAUGUUAUUGUUAGUGAAUUUGUGGAAGAGGGGAAGUCUCCUCCAAUCCCAUAUGUCUAUGUAAAUUCCUCUGGCUCCGUGAAGAACUACCGGCCCAUCCAGGCUGUGCUUGCUUGUAGCCUGGAAAUGUAUGCCUUCCCAUUUGACAAACAGAACUGCAGCCUUACCUUCCGCAGCUGGCUUCACUCAGUGAACGAAAUAGACCUGGCUCUGUGGAGGAGUGCAGAGGCCAUAGCUAAUGAUAAGAGGGAGUUCAUGAAUGAUGGAGAAUGGGAACUGCUGUCCAUUCCAUCACAGUACAGACGGAUCCGCCAAGACAACACCGACUACGCCCAGAUUCAAUUCAAUCUUUUGAUCCGCCGGCGCCCCCUGCUGUAUGUGGUGGGCCUCCUUAUCCCCAGCAUCUUCCUCAUGUUGGUAGAUGUGGUGAGUUUCUACCUGCCUCUAAACAGCGGGACACGCAUCGCCUUUAAGAUCACCAUACUGUUGGGGUACACAGUCUUCAGAGUCAACCUGACCAAUGAGCUGCCUGCUACUGCUGUCACAACUCCACUCAUUGGUGUGUUCUUUGUGGUGUGCAUGGCAAUGCUGAUGCUCAGCCUCAGCAAGUCAAUCUUGGUGGUGAAGCUGCUCCACCACAGUGAAAAAGAGGUCAAGCAGAUGUCGUUGUCUGCCUGUCUGCUGGACAAGUACGGUUCAGCUGGUCACAGCUUCACAGAGAGUGCUCUAACAUCCAUAAAAACCCUCAACACAGCUGAAGAUUAUGAUCUUGAACACUCACUUGAGGAGGAUCUUCUGUCACUGACUGAGCUCGAGGAUGCCCCCUCUGGACUGGAUUGGCUCCUCCAGGAGCUGGUUUCCCUCCGCGUGGCGUUUUCCCAGGACGACAGCGAGACCUCGGCUCAGGCCGAGUGGUUGGCCCUCUGCUUGCAGCAGCGGGCAGACUUUCACAGCGGCAGGACGAAACUCAGGUCAGCUAACAACAUGAGAAUCUCAUCAGCCUGGACAGCGCUCCUCUGCCUCCUGAUUCAUGGAACAUCCAGAGCCUGCUCAGUGAAAAAACUGGGUAGCAGCACUGGCAGGUUUGCGAACGCAACCCUGGUGCGGCUUUCAGAGUUUUUGAGCGCAGGCUACAAGAAAGGAGUGAGACCAGUCAAAGACUGGAGGACGUCCACUAUAGUGGCCAUAGACCUCAUGGUUUACUCUAUCCUUAACGUGGACGAGAAGAACCAGGUUUUAACAACAUACGUGUGGUACAGACAGUCGUGGACAGAUGAAUUCCUGGUGUGGAAUCCAGAGGAUUUUGAUGAGGUCAAACAGGUUUCCAUGCCCACAGCGAACGUGUGGGUUCCCGACAUCCUCAUCAAUGAGUUUGUGGAUGUGGGGAAGUCUCCAGACAUUCCCUACGUGUACGUUACUCAUGAAGGGCUGGUGCAAAACUACAAGCCCAUCCAGGUUGUUACGGCCUGCACUCUCAACAUCUACAACUUCCCAUUCGAUGUCCAGAAAUGCAGCCUCACUUUCCAGAGCUGGCUCCAUACUAUUGAUGACAUCAACAUCACCCUGAUGCGAAGCCCCGAAAAGCUCAGGGACGACAAGAGUGUCUUCAUGAACCAAGGGGAGUGGGAGCUACUCCACAUACUGUCCAACUACAAGAUCUUCAGCGUGGACAAUGACGACUAUUAUGCCGAGAUGAAGUUCCAUGUGGUGAUCCGUCGUCGGCCGUUGUUCUACACUGUGAAUCUGCUGCUGCCCAGCAUCUUCCUGAUGGUGAUGGACGUCGUUGGUUUCUACCUGCCACCAGACAGCGGAGAGCGGGUUUCCUUUAAGAUCACUUUGCUGCUGGGCUACUCUGUCUUCCUCAUCAUUGUGUCUGACACUUUGCCUGCGACCGCCAUAGGAACCCCGCUGAUAGGUGUGUACUUUGUGGUCUGCAUGGCUCUCUUGGUGAUCAGCCUGACGGAAACCGUCCUGAUUGUGCGUCUGGUCCACAAGCAGGACCUCCAGCCCCCCGUGCCCCACUGGGUGAAGUACCUGGUGCUGGAGAGAGCCCCCGUCCUCUUCUGCAUCCACAAAAAGCAUCGCCUCUGCCCCACGCUGUCCUCCCAAGCCUCUGACCUGGAGCACUACAAGGACAACAAUUAUGGGAGUGCCCAGUGCACCCUCCACCACACCUGUGAGAUGGGCCAAAGGCUCAGCCAGCCGGACAGAGAGGGCGGGAUGCUCGGACUGCGCCUGCCCCCGUCCAGGGAGAGCGCCCCGCCACCGGUCAUGGACAACAUCCUGCAGGAGGUGACGGCCAUACGCACCUUCCUGGAGAAGCGCGACAGGUGUCGGGAAGUUGCCAAGGAGUGGCUGCAGGUUGGCUACGUACUGGACGUCCUGCUCUUCAGGGUCUACCUGGUGGCCAUCGUGGCUUACAGCAUCACGUUGGGCACCUUGUGGUCAGUUUGGCAGGUGGCCUGA